GACACCACCUGCUUCUCCCGUUUCCACCGAGCUUUGCGAAAAUCAUGGACUUCUACAAAAAUCUGACCGUUUCAGACUGGGCCUCCCUUAUUCCCUUUGGUAUUGCGUGUGCUGCAGUUGGCUUUGGGGUUAAGACCGUCGUGGAUAAAAAGAUUGGUAGUCCUUGCAAUCCCAGUAUCAGGAAAGGAGAGUCCAAGGUUGUUGAUACCGUGGACAUCGAAGAUCUUGGCAAUAAAGCUGUCUUCUGCCGUUGCUGGCGCAGUAGCAAGUUCCCAUAUUGUGACGGCACCCACAAUGGACAUAAUGUUGCCUGUGGGGACAAUGUAGACCCCUCAUCGUUAAGAAGAAGGAUUAAAGGAGCAAAUAGAAGUCUAUAGUGAGCACAUUAGAACCAUCUCCCUGGCACAGUGAGCUAUAAAGACAUAGCAGCCUGUAGUGGGUUAUAAUCUAUUACAAUACAGUAUACUAUAAUACCCACCUAUGUGUCUCAGACAAAAUGUAGUGAAAUGUACGUAUCUGAUUACGAUUGCAAUGAUUUGAAAACUGCACGUUUUAUUUUAAUGUAAAUUUUAAAAACAUUAGUAAAUGAGUUUGAAUUGUGUGCCAGGUUAUACCUAGU